GUUAAGUGAGACAGCUAAGACAACACUUUGAGUUCCUUGUGCAUGCGUGCCCCAGAGUCUCACCGCUGUAUCUGGGGCCACUACCUCUUACGUUAGUGUGACUGCUUCGUGAGAAAUGGCAUACAGCCUAUGGAUUGCCUUACUCAUGUUCCCGGUUCUGGUGCACUGUCAAAGUGGAGGAGAAUUGGUUGACAAUGAACCCAGAAUACUCUGCACCUCUCAUCUCAGUGUCUUGGCAGGAAACAGCCUAACCUGCCACCUUGAUGAUGAUGCCGAUGAUGAUGAUGAAAUCGAGGACAUAAAAGCCAUGGGUCUUUGCUACACAGACGACAAAAAGCAACGCUGUUUGACAAAGAAGGGUAAUAAUGUCACAUUUACGGACCUGGACACUCUGCAAUCGUAUAAUCUCACCGUUCAAUUCAAACGAGGCGGCACAUUUUGGAAAAGAAUGAGUUUGAGAGAAAUAAUUAAACCCAGGAGUCCUUGGGUGGUGAAUGCCACAUUUCUGAGGACCUCCAACCGGGCUCUUAUUUACAUUGGGAAUCCAUACCUGAACGAUUACCUGAAACACAACAAUCAACUGUUCCAACUACGCAUCUGGAGUGUCAAAAAUACUCUGGUUAAAAACAUGACCUAUCAGCCUCUGAUCAUUGAGGGGGACGAGUACCUCCAUAAGAACACAGAGUAUCAUGUCAAGGUUCGAGCCAAGCCAAACGGGGGGUACUUUGAUGGCAGCUGGAGUGAGUGGAGCGCCUCUCUCAGUUUCAGCACCAACGCAGAGACAGACGUGCAGUUGCUUUCCUAUUCUUUCAUCGUGCCCAUUGCUGCCCUGCUGCUGGUCACUUUGGCAGUUGGUCUUUUCUGGAGAAAACAAAUACAUUCCUUCAUAUGGCCAAGCAUUCCACAUCCCAAACACACACUUCUCCAGAUUGCCCAGACCUACGAGCCAAUGAAGCAGGGCCCACCUGUGAGCUUUAACCCUGAGGUGUUCAGUGACCUCAACAUCCAGCUGGUGGAGCCGGACAAGGAGCAGGACCUUACCGCCCAACCCCCUGACUCUGACUCCCAUCGACUCGCUGAGGUAAAAGAUCAAUGCCUCAUUCAAGAGUGUAAUAGGGAUACGACGUCCUGCCAUACAACCAGUAGUGGAUGGUCAGAGGCCAUACUGCUGAGGUGUGAGUCCCCAGGAGAGCACCUCGACGCUGGGGCGGGGAGCAGUGGGAACAGUGGCUCCACCGUGGGGAUCCUGGAUCUGAGGAGUGACAUUGAGAGCAUGGGGACAGACGACAGUGAUGGUAACAUUGGUCCUGAGGGGCUAGGUGCUACUCAGCAAGGAGGCAAGGAUGAGGCUUAUGUCACCAUGUCUAGUUUCUAUCAGAUCCAGUGAGAGAGAGAGAGAGAGAGAGAGAGAGAGAGAGAGAGAGAGAGAGAGAGAGAGAGAGAGAGAGAGAGAGAGAGAGAGAGACAGACAGACAGACAGACAGAGUCAGUCAGUCAGUCGGAAUGAUCUAGUCAAGAUUAAUUAUAGCUGCUUAUUAUACUCUUACUCCGAGUGACUUUGGCUGCUUUUAUUUGAAGUCUAUUUAUUUCACCGUGACUCAAACUGACUAUCCACUGACUUCCAGUAUCACAGGAGACUAGCAGAACUCAAUGCACAUGUUAUUUACAAAUGAUAGGAGACAGAACAGGAAUAAUCCUCAUUGUGUUUAUUUGGUUUUGUGUUAUUAAUAUGUUGCUAGUUGCUAAGAAACAAGACAAGGGAGGACUUAACUAACUUGAAAUAAAAUGCUGCCUUAUUA